UUAGGCAACAAAGAAAAAUAAAACAUCGACCACGAACAUAGACUGAGACAGAGAAGUGAAUGAGAACCGAGAACGACGAAGACGAACGACCCGAGACCGAGACCAGACCCAGACCCGACCAGUGGCAGUGGUGCAUAGAAAAACGCAAAAAUAUGACUCCGCGAAUUGUCAAAUAUUUUACAAAUUUUACUCUGAACUGAAAAAGAAAAUCGUUUAUACAAAAAAAAGUGAAGAAAAUAAAGAAAAACAGUUUCGAUUGCAUCCAUCCAUUCCGCCCUCGGUUAAUUCGCUUUGAAUAAAUCGAAAUCGGAAAAAUCUAUACAUUUUCCCCGAAAAAUUAUUGUUUGUUAAUUAUAUUGUGAGAGGAGAAAAAUACAAAAUUCUUGUCCAUUGGGACGGAGGACGGCCAGAAAUAAAAACUACGACGGUCGUAGUCGUCGUCUGCGGACGUAGCUGAAAGCUGAAGACUAAGCAGAAGCAAAAGCAGACAAAAGCGUUAGCGUAAGCGUGAGGUCGUUCUCGUUCGUGAGUCGUCACCCGUCAUCGUCACACAAAAACACACCAUACAAAAUGUCGUUCCGUGCGAAGGUUCUCGGUCUGGUGGACGUUAUGAUGCGUGUUCCACCCAUUCUUGUAAUUGACGAAAUUCUCAAGAUAGGAAUGGGGCUGCCCACACGAUUGUACCCUCCGUUCGAGAAAACCGGAUCCCUCCCCGACGAUGUGGUAGUACUGGAUGGUGGCAGUGGGGUUGAAAGAAACAUCAGCACAGCCUCUGUUGCCACUGCAGAAUCAACCUCAUCAGCAGCAGGAGCCAAUUUAAGCACCUCUAGCAAUUUAACCAACGUACCUGGCCUAGCAUCGGCAGCAAUAGGAUUACUAAUAAAAAACGCUACCGAGGCGGUUGGCGUUGGUGAUGGAAACGGUGGAGUUGGAGCCGAAGAAGGAUUCGAGGCAGCUAUUGAGAGCAACUUGAAUGAAAUUCUAUCGAUAACAGCGGUGAAAUUCAUCAUUUGUCUAGUGGGUUUUCUAUGCGCAGCUUGUAUAUUUAUGCUAUGGACAAGGCAUUUGGUAAUGGUCUAUCUGUUCGUCAUAUCGGUGGGUCUGACGUUUCUUUCGUACUGGAGUAAUGUAUCGGCAUUGGCCCUCAUGGAAAGUGGGCCAUGUCUACUAGUCGACAUUCUGUCAUUCAACACAUCACGUCUGUUAGAUCCAGGAGGUGUUGUGCUCUCUCUGUUGCCUCAUCUCGUCGCUCAAUGGUUUAUGGGAAUGUUAUUUGCAUACAUUCAUCUUGGGCCACGUUAUGAAUUUCUGCAGAAAAAAAUGCCUCUCAUUUUUGUGAGUCCCAUUUUACUGGCAAUGUUGCCCCUACCUCCUUCAUUCCUCAAGCUGACACCAGCUUUUGCUGGUGUUAUACCAUUCAUCCUCACCAAAAUCACACUCUAUACAAGUGCAAUGGAAGCGGGCAAGACCAUUUUGAAUGGCUACGAAUAUGCAAUGAAUUUUGUCUCAAACUUUGGUCUAUCGGCGUUAAUUGAAAACGAAUGGCAACGGCUUAAUGUGCCGUGUGUUUUACGAGUCUUCUGGUCAAUAAGAAUUGGUCAAGAACUUAUCUCACUGAUAUUCGCUAAAGACGUGAGUUUAAAUGUUAUUGGAACAGUGCACAAACUGCUUGCGGACGGUUGUGAGACUCUGACAGCUGUCCUUGGAAUGACCAGCGUGAUUUCCAUAGUCUGCCAUUAUAUAGGAAAAAUGUUUCAAUGGUUCUUAAUGUCUGGCGAUACAGAUGAGGAAAAAUCAUUGGGUACGGUAUCGGCAGUGCUCUUUUAUAUUCUAGCAUUGCAGACCGGUCUGACGUCGUUGUCGCCUGACAAACGAUUCAUAAGACUGUGCAGAAACUUGUGCCUUUUGGUAACGGCAUUGUUGCAUUUCCUGCAUAAUAUUGUCUCCCCGAUUUUGAUGUCCCUCAGUGCAGCCAGAAGUCCAUCACGGAAGCGUCAUACACGUGCUCUUGUGGUUUGUAUGUUCUUGUUGGUGGCACCGAUUAGUUUACUUUUGGUCCUAUGGUCAAGACAUUCACCUUCUACCUGGAUGUUAGCCGUAACUGCCUUUUCAGUUGAAGUUAUUGUUAAAGUCCUUGUGAGCUUAGCAACAUAUGCACUUUUCUUAUACGAUGCACGACGGGAUUCGUUCUGGGAGAAAUUGGAUGACUACGUGUACUAUGUUCGUGCUUUUGGUAAUUCGGUGGAAUUUUGCUUUGGGAUUUUGCUCUUCUUCAAUGGUGCAUGGAUUCUUUUCUUCGAAUCUGCACAAAAUGCUACAGGGGGCGCCAUCAGAGCCAUCAUGAUGUGCAUCCAUGCCUAUUUCAAUAUCUGGUGUGAGGCUCGUGCCGGCUGGUCAAUUUUUAUGAAACGAAGGUCCGCUGUCGAUAAGAUUUCUGCUCUGCCCGAAGCCACAGAAGAACAAUUGAAGAACUUAAAUGAUGUUUGUGCAAUUUGUCAUCAGCAAAUGGAAUCAGCAAAAAUAACCAGAUGCAGACACUUCUUCCACGGCGUGUGUCUCCGAAAAUGGCUUUACGUGCAAGAUCGGUGUCCACUAUGCCACGAAAUUAUGAUGUACAUUGACAGACCUGGCGAGAAUAACCCAAUUCCAGCUAACAACCAACAGGAAGAGCGACCAAAUCAUAAUAACGCUCAAGACUUACUUCGAAUGGCUACCGGACAUCUAGAGCCUCGUGAGUCAGUGCCAAACCGGAUGGCAGCCGUUGCAUCAAUUGGGACAUCUCUUCCAACAGCAGCUGCAGCCUCAUCAGUAGCGGGGACUGCGUCAUCUAGCAAUAACACAGAAGAUGAUAGCAGCAGUUCUAUAGUUCACAAUUUUCGACGACUAUCAACAACGCCACCGCCACCGCCACCGCCACCAACAUCGCCUGCAGAGCUUCAGGAGUAGGUACUUACCCCCAAACAAUUAACACUACCAACAACACCAUAAAACAAACAAAGUCAAGUCAAAUGGUCAACACUGCUAACGCUAAGAACAACAAUUAACAAAAAAAAAAGAAAAGUAAGGAAAGAAAAACAACGACUACCCAAUACCGUUACCGCCUCAUUCAUAUUAGAAGCUGCCUCCGCUAAGCUCCACUCCGGUUCGUGUUGUCGCGCGAGCAAUCAGAUGUAGGUGUACAUUGUAUAUAAAUCUGCUAUCACAACUCGAUCAUCAUUCGGAAAAUCUCGCCGCCUCGAGUUGUCCACACGUCCACACAUCUCUGCACCGAUUUUAAAGAUCAAACAACUUUUUAACAGUCAAAAAAUAUUUUAACUUUUGUUUUCUUUUAAAUACUUUUACUUAUUCAGUUCAUAUAUUAUAUUCGUCGUCAAUAAUUGCUACCAAAGCAAUUAAUUGUUUCUUCUUUUAAAUUUUAAAUAUUAUUAUAAUUAUUUCUUUUUUUGUUUUUAUAUAGAGAUAUUAUUUUUUAGUGAAAAUUACAAGUAAAAAUAAAAAUAAAAUAAAUUUAAGGGUGAUUAUUAUUGUACUAUGUAUUUUAUAAUAUAUUUAAUAAUAAUCUUAGCCAACAUAUAAAAUUGAAAUGAAAUGAUAAAAGAGAGAAAAGAGAAACAAAACAAAAACAUAAAAGUGAUGAUUUAUUUUUGUCAAGUCUGAAUCAUGAUGAAAUCGCUAGCGAAACAAAAUAAUUAAGAAAAUAAAAAUAAAAACAAAACACAAUUUUAAAGGAUGAAUAAAAUAUAUUAUUUAAUAAUACAAUUUUAAUUUA